AUGCUCAGCCCCUCUGAUAGGGAGAGCAGCAGCAGCAGCAGCAGCCCCAGCGUGCUGAGCCUUGGGGCAGGAAGCAGGGAAGACGGGGAGCCAGAGGGAGAGGAGAAAAUCUGCACCGUGUGCGGCGACCGAGCCACCGGCUACCACUUCCAUGUCAUGACCUGCGAGGGCUGCAAGGGCUUCUUCAGGCGGUCGAUCAGCAAGGACGUGUGCUUCACCUGCCCCUUCACCCGCAACUGCACCAUCACCAAAGCCAAGCGCCGGCAGUGCCAAGCCUGCCGCCUCCAGAAGUGCCUGGCCGUGGGCAUGAGGAAGGACAUGAUCAUGUCAGAGGAGGCUCUGCAGAUGCGCCGGGUCCUGCGGAAGCAGAAGAAGCAGGAGCGGGAGCCGGCGGAGGAGCCGGCGGAGCUGGCGGAGCUGACAGAGGAGCAGGAGCAGCUCAUCAGCAGCCUCAUCGAGGCCCACAAGAGGCACUUCGACUCCGGCUUCUCCCAGUUCCCGAAGAUCCGGUCGCUGGGGUCGCCGCCGAAGAAAAUGCCGCCUCCCAAAUACUAG